GGCAACCCCGUCGGUGGCGCAAGCCUCCUUACGGUCCAGUCAUUCUGUCGGCUGGAGUUACACUAAUCCGACCAAAUGGCACAGCAAGGUGUUCUAGAGCCAUGUUUGGCACCACCCAGCUGAUGGCGGCCUGACACACGGUAAUGCUGCCUAGCUGACUAGCACAGAAGAUAUAAAAGGAACUAUGCCUUUCAACAAGACAACUCUCAUUCAUCCAUUCUAGGAGUCUUUGUUUUCCUAGGUAUUCAGCGCAGCCUUGUCUGCCAGUUUCCUGAUCCACAUUGAACUGAGCGCCUUCGUUCAAACCCCGAACUCGAGGAAUGAUUCGAUCGCAACACGCGCUAUAUGACCCAAUUUCCUACAUUUUCUCAACUCUCCCGUAAUCGAUCCAGCUCGUUACUAUCAGACUAUCGGCAAACACGCUGGAUUCCUGUGAUUGGAUCUCUAUGGUUAGUCGCCAACCGCUGCUACAUAAUCACCACAACACCAUCUAAACCAUGAACUCAACUACGCCCCUCCUGGCUAACCCUGAAACCGCCAUUUUGGAGGGGCUCAUACCGGGGUACGCGUUCAUCUCUCGGUUCCUUUUAUCUUACCUCCAAAUCGAUCUAUCUCUCUACAUUCCCUACAUCAUCUCGGUCACCUGUCUCUACUUCGGCUCCCAAUAUCUGUCCAGAUAUGUCCAUCACCUGUUCAGCGACUAUUUUAUGUCCUCGGCCGAAGUCCGCAUCCACGACGAGGUCUACACUUACCUGAUGUUCUGGGUCUCGCGGCAUAAGACUAUGCAGAAUACAAUUCACCUUUAUGCCAGCACCCGACUCGUCAGCGGUAGGUACUAUUACGAUUCGGAUGAUUCGGACGGAUCCGAAGAGGAUAUCGACGAGGAAGAGAUUGCUAGAGGCACUUUUGACGACUGGUGGAGCAAGAUCAUCGCCCGGGACCGCACCAAGCGCCUUCGUUUCACCCCCUCAAGCGGAGUCCACUACUUCUGGUACAAGAGCCGUCUAGUGUUUUUCCAGCGCGUCCGCGACGAGUCCCCGAAAUCGUCCUUGUACAUGCGAGACCAUUCGGAGCGUCUGAUCAUCUCGUGCUUCGGGCGGGACACGACCCUACUCAAGCAGCUGCUUGCUGAUGCGCAAGCGGCGUAUGUCGCACGGGACCGGAACAACACCAUCAUCUACCGUGGCCAGAAGACAAACGGUAAUACCGAUUGGAUCCGCUGUAUGACACGCGCGCCGAGGGCGCUCUCCACCGUCGUGCUUGAACAGACUCAAAAGGAUGCGUUUGUCAGUGAUAUCAAGGAAUACCUGCAUCCGAGAACCCGGAGAUGGUACUCCAACCGGGGCAUUCCAUAUCGGCGGGGUUAUCUGCUUCACGGUCCGCCUGGCACGGGCAAGACGAGUCUGAGCUUUGCCGCUGCCGGGGUGCUGGGCGUGCCGUUGUAUCUGCUGAAUCUGAGCUCGAAGAAGCUGGACGAGGAUGAUCUCCUGGGUCUCUUCCACGAAUUACCCCGGCGAUGCAUUGUUUUGUUGGAGGAUGUCGACUGUGCGGGUAUGACACAGAAACGCGCGGCCAAUGACCCGGACACGCAAAAGGAUACCAAUAUUUUCCCCGAUGCUAAUGGAUCGGGUGAGAAACCCGCCGGCGUCUCUACUGAGAAGCAGGGUAUCUCGUUAUCUGGCCUACUCAAUGUCAUUGACGGUGUAGCUGCCACUGAGGGGCGCAUUCUCAUCAUGACUACCAAUCAUCCCGAAAAGCUGGAUGCGGCGUUGCUUCGUCCCGGACGCGUGGAUAUGAGCAUCGGCUUUGGCUAUGCGCAGAGCCACGAUGUUGAGGAGCUCUUUGCGUCUAUCUACUCCAUGCUGGAGGGUGAUUUGCGUUCUACAGAGACGCAGGUCAUUUGUGAGAAGCCUAAGGUUCCCUUGGUCAAUGGCGUCCAGGCUGUGGAUGAGACGCAAUCACUUUCUACACCUCCUGUGGAUAAUGCGAAGCUUGCGCAGCGUUUUGCAGCACUGGUUCCUUCCGGUGAAUUCACUGCUGCUGAGAUUCAGGGGUACCUUCUCAAUCACAAGGCUGACCCUCAGGGGGCUCUCGAAGGGGUGGAGCAGUGGCUGAAGAGCACGCAGAAGGUGCGCGAGAAGCGUCUGGAAGCGUUGAAUUUGGGCAAAUGAAGCACAUGCUUGAUGUGCUACGAUGCUAAUGAGCUGAUGAGCUGAUGAGAUGAAGUCUACUAGACAAACUAUCUUAAUGUAAUGAUACUCGAAAAGUUUUAGCACACUUAAAUAACCAGUCUCAC